GUCAAAUUUCGCGAAUAUCGCAUGAACAGCUGGGUUGAAUUGUAGUGUGCGAGUGCGAGGGAGACGACACAUUUGUGCGUUCCGGGUGUGAGAGAGUGUGCGAGUUUUUAUCGUGGAGCCACUCGUGAACAUUUGCGUUUGGUGAAAUAAAUUUCUGUCAGUCAGAGUCGAAGGGAAACUGGCGUGGUGACUUCUUCCAUUUCGCAUAACAUGUCUCAGUGAAUUUGCAUUGAUCGCAAAAAAGUGUCGUAGAAAAUUCGCCAAGUACUUGAUUAGCGAGGAAUAUCCAUUGGAAAAAGUGUGUGAACUAUGAAUUUCGACGAUUAUGAACAGCUACCAACGACGAGUGUUUUUACCAACAUGACUGCAGGAGCAAUAGCGGGUGUCUUGGAGCACUGUGUCAUGUACCCGCUGGAUUCAGUCAAGACCAGAAUGCAGAGCCUCUCUCCGGUAACGAAAGGCAGCACUAUUGUGUCCACAAUGACGACGAUGAUCCAGAAGGAGGGACUUUUCAGGCCCGUUCGAGGAAUGGGAGCCGUUGUCGCCGGAGCAGGACCUGCACACGCCUUCUACUUUGCCUCCUACGAAUACUGCAAGAGUUCCCUGUCCAAAGUCACUCCUCACAACCAACUAAAUUACAUAACAUCGGCCUCAGUGGCAACUCUGAUUCACGAUGCUAUCUCGAAUCCGACCGAAGUGAUAAAACAGCGGCUUCAGAUGUACAAUUCGCCGUACAACUCUGUGAUCCAGUGCAUGAAAUCUGUGUACAAGGCCGAGGGCAUGAAGGCCUUCUACCGAUCCUACUUCACUCAACUCGUGAUGAAUCUGCCCUACCAGGCCAUUCAUUUCACCACCUACGAGUUUUUCCAGAACAGCCUCAACAAGGAUCACCGCUACAAUCCACCAGUGCACGUGGUGGCCGGAGGAGCGGCCGGAGCCACCGCGGCUGCCUUCACGACGCCUCUCGAUGUGGUCAAGACACUGCUAAAUACUCAGGAGACCGGUGUCGGUACCACGAGGGGCAUGACGGACGCCGUGAAAAAGAUCUACGAGAGAGCUGGACCUCUGGGCUUCUUCAAGGGCCUCAUGCCACGAGUACUGUACUCGAUGCCUGCCACGGCGAUCUGCUGGUCAACAUAUGAAUUCUUCAAGUUUGUCAUAUCGAACCAGGGACGGGAUCUGCAUUCGUCCAGUGCCGCUGCCGUGGGAUCUUGUAGGACUAAAGCAGGGACGGAAAUAGCCAGCACGAUCAAGAGCAGUGAUCAUCACACGACAGGUCAUCGGUAUAUGCUGCCGGUGGUGAGUUCUGACGUCGAGAUACCCGCUGGAGGCCUCAAACCGCGCGAAUUGCCCGCAAUGUCCGGUGCUGGUAUGUAUGCUGCCCUCAAUCUGAAUACACUCCACUCCGAUUCCUCAACGACACGACAAUUCGAUCAACGGUGUAAUACCUAAAAGCAAUCUUCCAAAAUCCCCUUUAAAUUGUUUCACUUGUAAAAACGUUUGCACUGUUUUUAACACGAUAUACACAGUUUUUUGAGGUCUAGAGAAAAACAAAAAACCUUGCAAAAUGAGCUAUUAUUAAAAUAUUUCUCCCAAAAAGAAAAAAAAAGAAACGGCCAAGCCGUACCAAAUAAUACCCUUUUUAUUCUACAGCCAUCUCAGUUUUUUUUUUAAAUAUUUUUAUUUGGUUUCAAGUUAUCCAAUUUUUGAGGAUCUUUACUAAAAUAGUCGCUAGUUGAGGUCUACAACUUCUUUUUUCUCUUUACUAUUUUAUUAUUUGUUGUCGGAUAUUGUAGUUUCAGGGAAGAAAAGUGAUCUAGAGGCAAAGAUCAAGAUGAAUUACUGUGAAUGAUUGGCACAUCAAUUACAAGAAAAAAAAACACAAAUAUAUAUUUUUAAGAAAGAGAUUGAGGAAAAAAAUGAUAUAGUAUUAAUGACAGAAAACACUCGCAAAAUUGUUGAAUGUUGAUGAGAGAAAUUGCGGAAAAAAUCAACCGUGAGAAAUUGUUAAAACAAUUGAUUUCUAAACAGUGGCGUACCUAGGACACGGCGGAGGGGAGAUUCAUCUGGGCGCUAAAAUCGAAGAAAUAUCUAAAAUUUGCUUCCCUUUCUUUCUCAAAAGAUUUGUUUAAGUUAAUCCUACUCUUUCGGACUCAAAAUUGGACUGAACUAAAUUUAAUUUAGUGUGAUGUUCAAAAGAAGAAGAAGAGUGCGAAAGAGCAGGACAGACAAUUGUUAAACUUUAAAGAAAGAAAGAGAUGUCAAUUUGUUUUCCGAAAAAUCCGAAAAGUUGAGAUCUAAUUUGAGUCUCAUUCUAUUUAUUUUUCAUGAAAAGCAGGGUUUGGAAUCUUCAAAAAUGAUUCAAAUGACUGAGAAUAAUUAUUUACCUGAAAUUUAUCAAUUUAGAAAUUCCUAUUUUUUCAAAUUUUUGUUUAUCAGAAAUUAGAAACAAAAGAAAUAUUAUCAAUUUGAGAAAUUUCGAAAUAGAUUUUCGAAAAAGGUAAAUUCUACUGUUACUGGAGUUUCUCAAAAGAAAAACACAUCCGAAAAUCAGUUUCGAAAGCUGAUGGCUACGUCAAAGCUUUUAAAUCAGGAAAAUUUCAUGAAAUCAUAAUUCACAUGCUUUUCUUUUUCACACGUUUUGCAUAUGUCUGUCUCAUUCUUUCGCACUCCAAAUUCGUUUGAGCUAAAUUGAAUUUGUUGUGAUGUCUAAAAGAAGAAGAAGAGUGUUAAAAAAUUAGAUGAAUAUAUGCAAAACAUGUGAGUAGGAAAAAGAUUCAUAUUUUGAUUUCAGGAAGUUUUCCUGACCUAAAAGGUGUGCCGAAGCGAUAAAGAUAUUUUUUACUUCAUGUUACGUCCGCGUGAUGGCUUUAGUGAUUUCUGUUCGAAUUUCGAAAUGUCUUGAGUGUCAACAUGGGUUAGUCGUCAUCGUGUUGAGGAGGAUUAAAGCCAUAUACCUCAUAAAAUAUUUGUCUUAGUGUAAAAUAAUGGAACAGGAGGGGAAUUCUGUUACGUUCUGGCAAUGCCAUAUGACAAAUUGGGUUCGAAUCUGAGGAGAGCUUUUUCGAAAAUGCGAUUCUGUAGGCGUGACAUUGCCAUCAGUUCACGUGGCAUUAUCAGAAGUCACAUAUUUGAGAUUUCUGACAAUAAAAAAUGGCAAUGAAUUUUGUUAAACAAAUCAACCAAGACGUACUGUAUUUUCAUAAAAUCAUCAAGUAAAGGGAUUUCAUUAAAAAAAUCAAUGAAUUGCAUUUUCGAACUCAUGUGAUAUGACAAAAAAGCUCGAAUGACAUUGUCAGAUUUCGAACUUAGCGUAGCAAUGCCACGAAAAUUACAGAAUUUGGUAGACUUUCUAUUUUAGUCAGGGUACACUUUGGGAAGUUCGGAGGGUGGAGAAAAUUUAUCUAAGGAACGAACCACUAUGGGAGAUUUCCCGAGAUUCACCGGUGUAUAGCACAGUGGGGUGCAUUUCGAAAUAAUCUUUCGAAAAAUACUUUCGAAAAAGGUCUUACUUUUACAAAACCGAUUAAACAAGAUUUCUUUUGCCUUUGUGAUAAUCGAUUGUUUUUGGGCGCCAAUGAAAAUCUUGCCCAGGGCGCCGAACAGCCUAGGUACGCUACUGUAUAUUGGUGUAAGAAUAUAUUGUGAUUUCACUUGUAGAUUCUUUUUUUCUUUUUUUUUGUACAAAAAAAUUUAGUGAGAGAAAGAGAGAAGAAAUCUUUGUGUAUCGUACUACGGAAUUCAAACAAACAAAAAAAUCUUCUCACAGAAAAAUUAGCAAAUUUUAUUAGGAAUGCAAACAUUUAAAAUGGGCAUCAAAUGCCAUUGAAAGAAUUCAAGUAAUUUUUUGAAGAAUGUACAUAAAAUACUAAAAAAAAGACAGUUUGUUUGAGAGAAACAAUCUUAUUAGGAUAUUUCAAUGUAAAUAGUGUAAUUGAAUAUUUGAAAAUGUUCUUUUUUUUGAUCAGUUUGUGUUGUUAAUUUCUUUGAGAGAAUAUUUGCAG